AUGGCAUCCAAACGAAAGGCUUCCGCCAUGAACGCGGCUGCGGCGGAAGAGCCAGUGGAUCCUUCAGAUGAACUUAUGUUUCUUUGCCUAGGAGGAGGAAACGAAGUGGGAAGGUCGUGUCAUAUUAUUCAAUACAAGGGAAAGACGGUUAUGCUUGACGCCGGCCAACACCCCGCAUACGAUGGACUCGCCGCACUGCCCUUCUACGACGAUUUCGAUCUUAGCACCGUCGAUGUUCUUCUCAUCAGCCAUUUCCACAUCGACCAUGCAGCAUCCUUACCAUACGUUCUCGCAAAGACGAACUUCAGGGGUCGUGUCUUUAUGACCCAUCCCACAAAGGCCAUCUACAAGUGGCUCAUUCAGGAUAGUGUUCGAGUAGGCAAUACCUCAUCGAAUCCUACUACACAGCCAGUGUAUACUGAGCAAGACCAUCUAAACACAUUCCCUCAGAUCGAGGCCAUCGACUACCACACAACCCAUACUAUCUCCUCCAUCAGAAUCACCCCUUACCCUGCCGGCCAUGUUCUUGGUGCUGCCAUGUUCCUUAUCGAGAUUGCUGGCCUCAACAUAUUCUUCACAGGUGACUACUCUCGCGAACAAGAUCGACAUUUAGUGUCAGCGGAGGUUCCAAAGGGCGUCAAGAUUGAUGUUCUUAUCACUGAAUCCACCUACGGCAUUGCUUCUCAUGUCCCUCGCCUAGAGAGAGAGCAGGCCCUUAUGAAGUCCAUCACAAGUAUCCUCAACCGAGGCGGUCGCGUCCUCAUGCCAGUCUUUGCCCUCGGACGAGCUCAGGAGCUGCUUCUGAUUCUGGACGAGUAUUGGGGAAAGCAUGCUGACUUCCAGAAGUACCCCAUCUACUAUGCCAGUAACCUUGCCAGGAAGUGUAUGCUUAUCUACCAGACCUACGUUGGUGCCAUGAACGACAACAUCAAGCGUUUGUUCCGUGAGCGAAUGGUCGAGGCAGAGGCGUCUGGCGAUGGAGCUGGUAAGGGUGGACCGUGGGACUUUAAGUACAUCCGUUCUCUCAAGAACUUGGAUAGGUUUGACGAUGUUGGCGGGUGUGUCAUGCUUGCCAGUCCUGGUAUGCUGCAGAAUGGUGUCAGCCGUGAGCUCCUAGAACGGUGGGCGCCCAGCGAGAAGAACGGUGUGAUCAUCACGGGUUACAGUGUCGAAGGCACAAUGGCUAAGCAGAUCAUGCAAGAACCUGAUCAGAUCCAGGCAGUCAUGUCUCGUAGUAUGGCGGGUGCUCGUCGAAUGCCCGGAGGAGAUGGCGAGAAAGUCCUCAUUCCUCGAAGGUGUAGCGUUCAGGAAUACUCGUUCGCGGCUCACGUUGAUGGCGUUGAGAACCGUGAAUUUAUCGAAGAAGUUGCAGCCCCUGUCGUUAUUCUUGUUCACGGCGAACAGCACAACAUGAUGCGUCUCAAAUCCAAACUCCUCUCUCUCAACGCAAACAAAACAGCAAAGGUCAAAGUCUACUCACCCCGCAACUGUGAAGAGCUUCGUAUCCCCUUCAAAGCCGAUAAGACUGCCAAGGUCGUUGGAAAACUUGCAUCGAUUCAGCCUCCUCAGAGCAUUCAUCCUGAUCAAAGUGCUGCACCUCCUCUCGUUACUGGCGUCCUCGUCCAGAACGACUUCAAGCUUUCUCUCAUGGCGCCCGAGGAUCUCCGAGAGUACGCGGGUCUAAACACAACCACCAUCACCUGCAAGCAGCGCCUGACCCUCAGUGCUGCAGGUGUCGACCUCGUCAAGUGGGCUCUGGAGGGCACGUUUGGCAACAUCGAAGAACUCCCCCGAGAUGCGUCGUGGGAAGAAUGGCCAAAGUAA